CUGGAGCGAUCCAUGAUUUUUUACUAUCGACAAUGUGUGGGGAAUGGAAAUAUGCAUAUAAUGCGCUGGCCUCCCAGCGACGUCGAGGUAAUGCUCUCGUAUUUAUCACCAGUAGGAACUCGAUAUUCAAUCUCGACUUACAGGCGCGCACUCUCGUUCAUUUUAGACUCAACAUAACGCACUUUCGUUCAUCAAAACCCAGACAAAAUGAAGGUCUCAGCUGUCCUCGCUUUCGCUACCACCGCUUUGGCUGCUUCUCUUCAGAGGCGCCAAGUCCAAAACCGUGACAUCGUGAACUUCGCUGCGGACUGCAUCCCACACAGCACAUUCUGCAGUUACAACUUCAACGUCGUCACUGAAUCCUUCUUCCCCCUCGACACUUGCAGCGCCUUCGUGCAGGGCCCUGACAACUUGCCCGAGAUCACGGAGGGCAAGUGCAACAACACGGCUUACACGUGGUCGACGACCAAGAGUUCCGACGGCGGCCUCAAGUUCGCCAUCUGGUACCCCUUCAACUCGCGCUCCAACAUCACCUACUGCCACACCAUCCCCGCCAGCCAGAUCGUUACGCAGAACAACGGCGCGGUCAGCACUCAGCACUACACCGGACCGAGGAACUUCACGGCUUCCAUCUUCGACUGCCCUCUUCCCACCGACGGCAACUAGGCGUGCGCUAGGAAGGCUGUCGUGACGGAAGAUAUUGUUAAUAUUUGCCCUGUUUAUAUAGACAAUU